AUGCCUCCCUCCCCUCCCUCGCUCGACUCUUCCCUCGACUCUCUUGCAGCCGACAUGCUCGCCGCGCGUCACACCGCCCUCCUUACGCGUCGGAGACAGCGGUCGCUCGAGGCGGAGGUCGAGUGGGAUGAGCGGGAUACGGCGAUUAGGAGGGGAAGAGUCUUAAGAGCGGGAGGCGGAGGGGAGGAGGUGUGGGCUAGUAUGGGCUACGGUGUGGGCGAGCACGAAGCAGCGGAAGAGGAAGAAGGAGAAGAAGGGUGGGCAGGCGGAACGUACCCCCAGCCCGAGGAAGAAUGGCACGGCGGGUUCAACGAAGUCCCCGACGUAGUCAUCGAAGGACCAGGCGCGACGGUCGAUUACGACUGGGCGGAUCCGGCUGAGGUAAGGAGGAGGCGGAGGCUCGGGAGCGAUGAUUGGGGCGAGGACGAGCAGAGGUUGUAUGAGGAGAUUGGCGCGGAUGCGUUUUUUGGGUAUGGGACGAGCGGGAGCGAGGAUGAGGAUGAGGAGUUCUCGGAGACGGAGGACGAUAAUGGCGAUGGAGCGGGAACGGGCGACGGAGUCGUCUCGAUGGACUACGACGCGCUCGCCGCUGCGGCCGCCGCGCCGCUCGAGUUCGCCACCCGCCUCGACGAGGAAGAGGCGUUCCUCGCUGGCUUGCGCGAGCGACGACUGGCCGAGAUGGGUCAGGAGACGCCUGCUGCAAGACAGGAACUCCAGGCGCUCCUCUCCGGGCGUUACGUCGGCGAAGCGCCUCUCAACCCGUCCCCUGCACCGCACACCUCACAGCGCAGCCACGAUGCGCCCGCGACCUCCAUUUCGACCGACUUGAACGUCGCAGCCGCCGCACUCCUCUCGCAAGACCCGUCUUCCGCCCUCUCGUACACGUCCUUUCUCCGACCAGGCGCCUUCUUCGUCGGCGAGCAGUCGCUGGGGAAGAAGCCGCAGCCUUUCUCUUCGCUGCGGGAACCAGCACUUCCAUGGCGCAACAACAGCGCGAACACGUCUUCGACCGCCCACCCAGCUUUCGCGCCUUUCCCUUCUCUCGGCGCGGCAGGGAGCGGCGGUAUCUCCGACUCGCUUGCGAUUCCUCGACCUUCACCGUCUGGUACGAUUGAAGGCCCUCGGAACGCCAUCACCAACUUUCUCCGCCAAUCCGCCUCGUCCGCCUCCGCCUCUGCCUCCGGCUCACACCCCACUCCUUCUUCCUCCAUAUCAUCCUCGAACCGCUUCGCCCCCUACGCACAAUCCCCAGCUCCCGCAGCAACAGUAACACACCUCGACACCUCUUCCAACCCGCACAUCAUCAGCGCGACCCGGAUCCGGUUCGGGGACACGACGAACCCCGCUGCGAGGGGUGAUAGGGAGAGUUGGAGGGCGGUCGAGAGGGAGAUGUUGAGUCGUGCGAGGGGGGUGCUUGCGGAGACUUCGGCAUCGAGGGAGGAGGAGCGCAAGGAGGGCGAGGGGGUAAAGGAGAGGUGGAACGUCCAGGUCACGAUCCAGUCCUACGAGCCGAUGAACAAGCGCAUCACGGGCUACAUGCGCGCCUUCGGCAUCGAUGGCGGCGCACCCGUCUCGGCAACCUACAGCGACGUGACGACGCACUUCUCAGGCGACAUCCUCCACCCCAUCAUCGACGGCCUCUUCGCUUCUCCGUCUCUCACCGGUUCCGGCGGCCGAACGGGCUCAGUCAAGGUCACCCGCGCGUUCGAGGCCGAGUCGUGGAUCCAGCUUGGGCCGUUCAAGGGCUUGUCUAAGGCGGACUUGCUGGAGAAGUCGAGGAGUAGACAGUGGAUCGAGGAGCAGACUAAGGGGUGGAUCUUGUUCAGGUGGAAGGAGCAGGGCUUCGUCAACGUCGCUCCCACCGACUCAGCUCUCUCCAUCUCCGGCUUCUACCACGCCGCCCUCAACCGCCGAACAGGCGAGAUUGAAGGCUUGUACUGCGACCCCGCCGCGACGCCCAACCAGCACCUCUUGCUCCGCCCGACGUCGAACACCAACGGCGCAGUCUCCUUCGGCGCCUUCGACUGCCGAUAG